AUGAUUGAACGAAACUUCGACGAAGCAGAAUACAUGGAAUGGAUCUACUUCGCCGACAGACUCGAAACACACGACAUGAAAGGCCUAAUCGCCUGGUUCGAGUCGGAAAACUGCGACUACAGAAGCCCACCCAGCUUCUUCAUGGCCAUGGAUCGGUGGACGCUUGACAUCGUGAACGAUACCGCAGAAGCCAACGAUACCUGGGCCGAGUGCAUUUUUGCCUCGAAAGAGGGCGGGGAAUACGUCCUAUCGGACAAUCGCAAUAUUUCGUACGCGGAAUAUGAGUGCGGGUAUGGGUAUUGGCGGGACAGCUUCGAAGAAAGUAUUGUGCACUGCAUGCAGUUGGAACACCGCAAUCAGCAUUUUACGGAACUGGGCUUUGGCGAGGAGCAUUGGUAUUGGAAAGUGUAUCGGAAAUUUGCGGCGGAGUUCCCUAUGAGCCGGGAUGGUGGGCUUGAGGAUCCUAGGGUGCCGAAUGCUUACUUUCCUGGGCAGGGGAGGGUGGAAUUGAAGUAUAAAGUGAAGGAGCUUCUACCUGAGAUGCCUAAUGGGCCUACAAUGAUGGUGCCUAAUCUUGACUGGCGGGAUGAGGCGCGAAUUCAUGCUUACUCGGGUAUUGAAUGCAUCGGUAUAAGUUGUUAG